AUGUCGUUUGGACGCCCCCCGACCUUUUCUUCGUUUCAGGUGCUGCCGCCGGAGCGCGGCUCGUUUCCGCUCGACCACUAUGGCGAUUGCACGGCGCCGAUGCGCGAGUACAUGCAGUGCCUUAAGGCUAACAAGAACAACAACGGCGCCUGCCGGCACCUGAGCAAGGCGUACCUGCAGUGCCGAAUGGACAACGAGCUGAUGGACCGCGACGACAUGGAAAACCUCGGAUUCGCCGACGUGCGCGACGGCGCAGCGUCGGGCACAGCGCCGGCACAGGGCGCGCCACCGGAGCCGAAAGGACGCAUGCUGUAA